AUGGACGCGGAGGUGAGUGCUGGCAGGGACAGCACCUGGAGGAGAGCCGCGGCGGCGGCGGCGGCGGCGGCGGCCGAUGAUGAUGAUGGUGAUGAUGAUGCAGGAGGAGGAGGAGGAGGAGCAGGGGUCACGGAGGCGCAGGUCGUGCCGCUGGAGCUCUACGACUCUGCAAGGGCCAAAAUAGACGCCAACCUCCGCUGGUUGUUCGCCAAAGCCUAUGGUGAAGACAACAUCCCUGCAGACCUGCGAGACCCUUUCUAUACUGACCAGUAUGAGCAGGAACACAUCAAGCCCCCCAUCAUCCGCCUGCUGCUGUCUGGAGAGCUCUACUGCCGGGUGUGUGGGCUCAUCCUGCACGCUGAGCUGGCUGCCUCGCUCCAAAGCCACCAGUCUGUCAUCCACGCCCUGUCCAGGAAAGGCAUCUAUGUCCUGGAGACGGACAACACACCAGUUUCUGAUCUGGACCUCAGCUCGGCCCCAAUAAAAAUGAGCUCCCACAUCCACCUCAUCGACUCCCUGAUGAUGGCCUAUACAGUGGAGAUGAUCAGCGUAGAGAAGGUUGUGUCCAGCGUCAAGCGCUUUUCCAACUUCAGUGCCUCCAAGGAGCUGCCUUUUGACCUGGAAGACUCGAUGGUCUUUUGGAUCAACAAGGUGAACAUCAAGAUGCGGGAUAUCACAGAAAAAGAGCUGAAAAUGAAGCAACAUCUGCUGGAGUCGUCCAGUCACCAGAAGGUGCGUUACCGCAGAGAUCACCUGUCAGGUCGGACACUUCAGCACUUCCCCUUGUUGGAUGACUUGCUGAAGGAUGUGUGUGACGGAACGGCUUUGCUGGCUGUGAUCCACUUCUAUUGCCCAGAACUCAUUAGACUGGAAGAUAUCUGUCUGAAGGAGGUUCCCUCCAUAGCAGACAGCGUGUACAACAUCCAGCUACUGAAGGAGUUUUCUAAUGAGUACCUGAACAAAUGCUUUUACCUGAAGCCCGAGGACAUGCUGUAUUCUCCACCGGUACUGAAGAAUAAUGUGAUGGUCUUCAUUGCGGAGCUUUUCUGGUGGUUUGAGAGUGUAAAGCCAGACUUUGUGCAGCCCAGGGAUCUUCAGGAAAUCAGAGAUGUGAGAUUGCUGCUGCAGCCUAAAGGUUCUCGAUCCCAUGUACCCAUCUCCAAUGUCACGAAACGUAGUUUCCUAACGUCAUCAAACUCUGCUGAUGUCUUGACCACGCCCCCAAGCCCUGACCUCAGCACUAAACCAAGCUCGUCAAGCCCAUCUCAAUCUUUACUCCCCUUGAGACAGAGACAACAGAAGGUGCUUGAGGAGAGCACUUCAGACUUGAGAAAUAGGUCAAACUCUCUGACACGUGCAGAUGGGCAGCACCAGGGCUCAGUACUGGCCUGGCCAGAAAGGAGACCAAGGCCUUUAUCCCAGCCGAUGUCCUAUGCCCUGCAUUUUCCCAUGGACGACGAUGUGGACAGCAUCAGCCUUGCUCGAUCCAUAAGCAAGGACAGCUUGGCCUCCAACAUCAUGAGUAUUACCCCCAAACACAUGCUGGCGUCAGGUCCCCAUCUGCCUCAACACAGACUCAGUGGUCAAAGCCUGCUUAGUCACAUGCGCAUAGAAGAUGAAGAGGAGGAAAUAGAAGAGGAGGAACUGGUUGCUGUUAUCCACCCUUAUGCAUUUUCUCGACAUCCACAUGGGAGUGACAUGGAACAGGAUGAGCUGGAAAUCCAGAGUAUAGCAUCCACCUCAAGGGGUUCUAUUACUCGUUGCUCUCCUCGCCUUGACACGAGUCCCUUUACCCUGGACCGUCUGGCAGACAGCUACUAUCUUGAGCCUUUGAUGCCAGCCAUCCCUAAGCCAGCCAAAGAGAAGAGCAUCAGUCUGAACAAGCAGGAGGAAAGCGGUGAGAGUCGCUGUAGAGCAGCAGUAGCUGCUAAGAAAGCAGCCACCAAUGUCCCGAGCACCUCACAGAGGAAAGCCAUAGCACAUGAGUCAAAUAGAAGUAUCUUUAUGCCCAUACCCGAUGCGGAAUCAGUGCCCAGCUCUCUCAGGCCACCCACAGAGGGGUCGAUAGGCCUCUCUCCGUCUGGAAAGAAACAGUCCCAAGGCUUUUUCCUUCAUUUGUCAGGAGAGCCAGACCGCCACAGUCCUUUCUUCACUGUGCUGGAGGCAGGGCAUGACUCUGACUCAGACAUUGCAGACCUUGAGGAAGAUGAUGAGGACGAUGAUCAGAUUGAGCUGACUAGAGAAUUAGGGAAGAGAGGCAAGGGGAAAUGCUUGGAGGAGGGAGAGGUGUUUGAAUUUGGCGAGGGAGAGGGUGAGUCAGCCAAGCUGAGAGAAGACUUGAAGGUGAGUGAGCGGGACGAUAAGGAAGACGGCAGUGGAUGCUCAAGCCCUUGCCUCAGUACCAUAUCCUGGGCAAGCAGCUGCAGUGCUUCAGGCAGCGCCAGUGUCAAGAUGACCAGCUUUGCAGAGAGAAAGCUCCUUAAACUUGGCCUCCGUGACGGAUUUUCAAGUACUAGCAGUUCCCAGAAGACCACACCAGAUGGCUCUGAGAUUGCUCCCUGUCCUCCCUGGCAACUGAGGAGUGACUGCACCUCCAGUUUGCUAGGGAAGGAGCCUGGUUCUGUGUUGGGGAAUAAUAUGAUGGGGAGUCCCCCAGUAGUGCCUUCAGAGCUGCUGCAACUUCACAUGCAGCUAGAAGAGCAAAGACGUGCAAUAGAAUAUCAAAAGAAAAAGGUGGAGACACUAUCAGCACGGCAGAGACUAAAGCUAGGGAAAGCUGCGUUCUUGAACAUCGUCAAGAAGGGUGGAGGAAAGAGCGACACACUUCCUCUACCCCUGAAACACUCCGAGGAAUCCUCAGAACUAACAGCUACUGAUAGGCAUAAAGUGAAGACCCAGUCCUGCAGGGAUGACUCCUGUCUUGAUGCUCUGAAGGUUCAGGCGAAGGCGCGUCAGCCAGAGGGAGGACAGAUGAACAGAUACAACAGAUUGAACACCCAGUCUCAAGAUAAUGGGGCUGAACCUGGCUUAAAUGAGUGUUCCCGCUCCAUAGAUCUCCUCAAUGAAGCUAUUAGUUCCAUUCAGCAGCAGAUGAUGCAGCUCUCCUUACAGCAAGACCUGCUGAUGAAGCAGAGUGUGGUCUCACCUCCAGAACGUGUAGAAUCAGGCCCUAGCACAACCCCCAACAUCACACAAACAACAUCCUCUACCUCAGACUCCAGAUCUUAUGCAGUCCACUUUGUAGAUAUCGGUGGCAGCAAUUCUUUUCCUGCUCGCCGUCCUCCCAAGCUUAGCUCCAGCCAACGCACCAAAGUCUCUGACAGAAAACAGAAUAAAGAGAACAGCAAGAUGGCUUCAAUCAAGUCGAAUACUCAGUCCCCAGAGAGCAUGCCUUCUCCUAGAGAAAGUAUUAGUGGAGACAAGGAAACGGGGGCUGUUUUGGAGAGCUCGAGUCUAGAGAGAAGCAUUCAGAGAAACACCACCUUCAGAGUCCAUGAUGGCACCGGAGAAGGAUCUGGGUACUUCCCAGAAAAAUCCCAGUCACAGGAACCACCAGUCAUCCCAAGCGCAACCAUAUCUCCCUCACAGGCUGCAGAACCAGAAGAGGACAAAGAUGACAACUCAGGAAAAGAGGCAUCGGGUGGAGAUGAGAGCCCCAGGGUCAAAGGUCAGCUGAUUGAGGUCGACCUUUCAGAGCUUAAGGACCCAUCAGAGGAUGGCAGUGCAGAUGUUACAGACUGCACGGCAGAGAGAGAACAGAAGAAUGUGUUGGGCUUCUUCUUUAAGGAUGAUGAAAAGGCAGAGGAUGAAAUGGCAAAACGUCGUGCUGCCUUCCUCCUCAAACAGCAGCGCAAAGCUGAAGAGGCGAGACUACGCAAACAACAACAAGAAGUUGAGAGUGAACUCAAACGUGAUGAGGCCAGGCGUAAGGCAGAAGAGGAUCGUGUUCGUAAGGAAGAGGAGAAGGCACGACGAGAGCUCAUUAAGCAGGAAUACCUGCGGAGAAAGCAGCAAGCGCUGAUGGAAGAGCAGGGUCUUGUCAAGCCUCGCCCAAGGACUAAAUCCCGCAGGAACAGACCAAAAUCACUGCACCGCGAAGAGUCCAUCAGCCUCUCCAAAGGAUCCACCACACGUAAUCAACUGAAGGUGUCUGUGUUGAUCAAAGCCCAGGGCUCAGCAGCAGGCUGCAGGCGAGCUGAUCUGAGCUGCAGUCAUCGAGGUUCAACACUCUCUUUGGCGACUGAGGCAGACAGUGUCAUGUCUGGAGGGGCAGAGUCACAGAGGGCUGGAUCUGUGUGCUCUAUGGAGUCGUUCCCUAUGCUGAGCAGGGCAUCCAGCAGGAACAUGGAGAGGGACUGGGAGAAUGGCUCCAUAGCCUCUUCCAUCACUUCAACCGAGUACAAUGGUCCUAAACUCUUCAAGGAACCGAGCUCCAAGUCCAACAAGCCAAUCAUCAUCAAUGCCAUCGCUCACUGCUGCCUGGCGGGAAAGGUUAAUGAAUCCCAGAAAAAUGUUGUUCUGGAGGAGCUGGAAAAGUGUGAGUCCAACCACCUGAUCAUCCUCUUCCGCGAUGGUGGUUGCCAGUUCCGCGCCAUUUACUCUUUCUCACCGGACACCGAGGAGAUCAUCAAGUUCACAGGCACCGGACCGCGCACCAUCGGCCGGAAGAUGAUCGACAAGCUCUACAAAUACAGCUCGGACCGCAAGCAGUUCACCGUCAUCCCCGCCAAGAGUGUGUCGGUCAGCGUGGACGCGCUGACCAUCCACAAUCACCUCUGGCAGGUCAAGAGACCGGGGAGUGCACGGAGGAAGUGAGAAAGAGGAGGAGGGAAAGAAAAAUGGACACUUGU